CACAGGUGGAGGACACCGCGAGCUCUGAUUUUGGCUGGCACCGCCAGAUAGCGCUGCAAGGAACCCACAGGGAGGCAGAGGAACAUAGCGGACAACUCAUUUCUCCCUAACAUCCUUGGAAGCAGAGGAGGAGCCAGAUUCGCUUGGAUAUACGCUCUUGCUGCUGCUGUGAGUGUGUGUGUGUCUGGAGUGUGUGAGCAUGUGUGUGUGAGCUGAUAAUAGCAGCCCCAUUUGUAUUCAGCGGAGGGAGCUCCAGGAUCUCGCUGCGCCUUUCCCCAGGAUGGGAUCACAGAGCAGGGAUUGUGCUCGCCUGUGGAAUGCCCCACUGAAAUGGAUCUGAAGACUCAUAGAGAUGGACACCAAAAUGGACAGCAUGGGCACAAGCAGAGAUCCACCAGCGGCUUACUUUCCAGACCCGUCCGCCUCCAGCUUUGUCAGCAAUCAGCCUGAACCAUCCUGCCGUGGAGUGAACCUGCAGAGCUGAAGUCAGACAGGAUCCCUGGAGGUCUAAACAGGAAGUUAAAAAAAAUCAUAGAAGUUGACUUACAAACUAGUCCACCUGUUGAGCAUCAGAUUGAGCUCCUUGGAUUUCAUCUGAAAUGAAAUAAGCUGCAGUGAUGCUUGAGAAGUGGCAUGGAGCUUUUGGACAUGUCCGGAUUUAUCGCCUGGAUAUCCCAUCGAGAUUACGACACUUUUGUGCACACCUCGGAGCCGGGCCACUUUUCCAGAUUGGCUUGUGGGCAAAAGCGAGUAAUUGAAAAUCCCCCCUUGAGACGCUCUUUGUUCUGAUUUGUUGUGGGGGAGGAGUUUUUUUUUAAAGGGAACAAUUUCAAACCCCAUCUCUGUAUCCCAUAUUUCCCUCCUUUUCUUUCUUUUCUACCAUCUUUCUCUCACAUUGUGGAGCAAUACAUUAUGAAGCCGCACCAUUCUUCAUCCCCCCUUGGUGACGGUGUGAGAGGAGGGACAGACUGUCCAGAAUAGAUAACGAGCAGGGAGACGGGAACGGAGGAGAAGGAGAAGAAAUAGAGAGAAACAGGUAGAGAAAAGGAAGAAAAUAGAGAAGGCGGCAAAUUACAAAGAAAAUAGCGAAUUUUCUUGGAUUUUAAGUAAUCCUCUUGGAGAUUUGGUGUCUUUUUAUUUGUCUCUGCUGUGUUGGAGGCUAGUUAGCGCAAUGGGCAGGGGAGGGGUCAGGAUUUACACCAGGGGGGGCACUUGAGCAGGAGAGCAGGCUUAUGCCCCCCCUCUGCACUUGCCUGGUUUGUAUCUUAGCAUUUGGCAGGAAGACAGACUGAAAGAUGUCCUGGUAAACAGACAGCUAUACCAAGUGACAGACAAGCUCUGAGGCUGGUGAGACAGACAGACAGGAAGAGAGGAAGACAGGUAAACACAGCCUCUUCCAAGUGUCAGGCAGAGAGCCAGGCAGACAUCCAGUGCCGGCACAGUAGACGGCGUGCGAUUCAUUGUCAUUCUAUGCAGCCUGCAAGGAAGAGACAGAGAGGAGGAAAGAAAGCAGAGACAGGAGGAGACAAGAGGAGCAGCUCUGUGUUUGUAGCUUGUGGAGGAUCUCACUUCAUCUGCAUCCACCUCAGUCAAGAGCCCAUGCUCUGAGAAAACAGGCAGCGAGGGAGGGGGGCUGUUACUAGAAAGGGAAGGAGAGACAGGCUGGGGAGAGAGAGACGAAGAGAGAGGCAGAGAAACAGAGGGAGAGAGCAGGUGUCGGAAAUCCUCCCCUUCAUCUGCUUGUCAUUUACUCCUUUAUGUUCUCUCGUCGUCUGGCGAGGUGAUUGGUUUUCUGAUGCCAGCGUUCCUCUGCUCAUAGCCCCCCCAAAAAACACAAGCCAUCCCCCCUAACAAUCCUGAGGAAAACAAGAGGUGGGCAGACAGAGGGAAAGCAGAAAAAGACAGCGUAAAAGGAAAGGUGGAGCCCUGUUGUGAUUGACUAAUUUUUCACCCCAUUUCUUUUCUUAUUUGUCAAGGUGGGCUCUUGUUAUUUCUUUGCUUCUUGCUUUUUUUUCUCCUCGAAGUAAGAGAAGAAAAACACCGGCCCAAUCAAUUCCUCAUUCUCUUUGUAGACAGAAUUGAACCUCUCCUUUCAUCAAGUGUCGAUUUUUUUCUUGCCUUGUCCUAAAGGGAUUAUUUUCUCCAUCUCAGUAUAAACACUGGAAUCCUUCAGAUUCCCCCUGUAUGUCCUCAGCCCCCAAAUGACAGAGUGUGGACCCCUCUGACUUCCCCUUGGCACCCACCCUUCUCCUCCUCGACUGAAGUGCUGAAACCCUUAGGUCUCACUUCUCAAUGCCUGUGUUGACUCACCACUACAGCGAUAAUAUGGCACAGCGCUUCUGAUAACGUCUGAUUCAUUCUGUGGUGGUACAGGCAGCCAGCAGACCGUUCUCCAUGAGGAGCAGUAGAAGAUGCCGGCUCUGCCAGCACUGCUGCUGUCAAUACGCUUCCUCUCCUUCCUGCUAGUCACCAUGCCGCCACGCUCCCUCAGUCAGGCCCCCCUGCUUUCUUCCGUCCGCAUGGCGGCGAUCCUGGACGACCAGUCUGUGUGUGGGCGUGGGGAACGGCUGGCGCUGGCUCUGGCUAGGGAGAACAUCAACAGUGUGAUGGAGGGUCCGGCACGAGCGCGGGUUGAGGUGGACAUUUACGAGCUGCAGAAGGACUCCCAGUAUGACACCACUGACACCAUGUGUCAGAUUCUACCCAAAGGCGUUGUUUCUGUGAUAGGUCCCGCCUCCAGCCCCGCCUCUGGCUCUACUGUCAGUCAUAUAUGUGGAGAGAAGGAGAUCCCUCAUGUUAAGAUCGGCCCAGAGGAAACUCCCCGCUUGCCGUACCUGCGCUUCGCCUCUGUCACUCUGUACCCCAGCAACGAGGACCUGAGCCUGGCCAUCGGAGCCAUCUUGCGCUCUUUCAGUUAUCCCUCAGCUAGCCUGGUGUGCGCUAAGGCUGAGUGCCUGCUGAGAUUGGAGGAACUGGUGCGUCGCUUUCUCAUCUCCCGGGAGACGCUGUCAAUCAGGAUGCUGGAUGACAACCUGGACCCUACGCCGCUGCUGAAGGAGAUCCGUGACGACAAAGUGGCCACCAUCAUCAUUGACGCCAAUGCUUCUGUCUCCUAUCUCAUCUUGAAGAAGGCGUCAGAGCUCGGGAUGACAUCAGCAUUUUACAAGUACAUCCUCACCACAAUGGACUUCCCGCUUCUGAGACUGGAUGAUAUCGUGGAUGAGCAGUCCAACAUUGUAGGUUUCUCUAUGUUCAACACCACCCACCCUUUCUAUUUGGAGUUCAUCAGGAGCCUCAACCUCUCGUGGAGGGAGGGCUGUGACCUAACGUACCCCGGCCCUGCGCUCUCAUCAGCGCUGAUGUUUGAUGCGGUGCAUGUGGUUGUGGGGGCCGUGAGGGAAUUGAACCGCAGUCAGGAAAUUGGAGUGAAGCCGCUCAGCUGCACAUCACCUCAGAUCUGGCAACACGGGACCAGUCUGAUGAACUACCUGCGCAUGGUUGAGUAUGAUGGUCUGACCGGCCGUGUGGAGUUCAACAGCAAAGGUCAAAGGACCAACUACACCCUGAGGAUCCUGGAGAAGCACAGAGGAGGCCACAAAGAGAUCGGGAUCUGGUACUCCAACAACACCCUGGCAAUGAACUCCACCAGCCUGGAUAUCAAUGUGUCUGAGACACUGGCAAACAAGACCCUAAUUGUCACCACCAUACUGGAAAACCCAUAUGUGAUGCGCAAAGACAACUACCAGGACUUCCAGGGUAACGACCAGUACGAGGGCUUCUGUGUCGACAUGCUGAGGGAGCUGGCAGACAUCUUAAAAUUCUCCUUCAAGAUCAAACUGGUGGAUGACGGGCUGUAUGGCGCUCCAGAGCCCAACGGCUCUUGGACUGGCAUGGUUGGAGAGCUAAUCAACAGGAAAGCAGACCUGGCCGUGGCAGGCUUCACCAUCACGUCAGAGCGAGAGAAAGUUAUCGACUUCUCUAAGCCGUUCAUGACCCUGGGGAUCAGCAUCCUGUACAGAGUUCAACUGGGUCGUAAGCCAGGCUACUUUUCCUUCCUCGACCCUUUCUCUCCAGCUGUCUGGCUCUUCAUGCUGCUCGCCUACCUGGCAGUCAGCUGUGUGCUCUUCUUGGCUGCAAGGCUGAGCCCGUAUGAGUGGUACAACCCUCACCCAUGUCUGCGGGAGCGCAGGGACAUGUUGGAGAACCAGUACACCCUGGGAAACAGCCUGUGGUUCCCUGUGGGAGGUUUCAUGCAGCAGGGAUCAGAGAUUAUGCCCAGAGCUCUGUCCACCAGAUGUGUCAGUGGAGUGUGGUGGGCUUUCACCCUGAUCAUCAUCUCCUCCUACACGGCCAACCUAGCAGCCUUCCUGACAGUGCAGAGGAUGGAGGUUCCCAUCGAGUCCCCGGACGACUUGGCCGACCAGACCAACAUCGAGUACGGCACUAUACACGGAGGGAGCACCAUGACUUUCUUCAUGAACUCCAGAUACCAGACCUAUCAGCGGAUGUGGAACUACAUGUACUCCAAGCAGCCUAGCGUAUUUGUGAAAAGCACAGAGGAGGGCAUCGCCCGCGUGAUCAACUCCAAGUAUGCCUUCCUGAUGGAAAGCACCAUGAACGAGUACCACCGCGGCCUCAACUGUAAUCUCACACAGAUCGGAGGUCUGCUAGACACAAAGGGCUAUGGCAUCGGCAUGCCUCUGGGGUCUCCGUUCAGAGAUGAGAUCACGCUGGCCAUCCUCCAGCUGCAGGAGAAUAACAGGCUGGAGAUCCUGAAAAGGAGGUGGUGGGAGGGAGGCCAGUGUCCCAAAGAGGAGGACCACCGUGCCAAGGGUCUGGGCAUGGAAAACAUUGGGGGCAUCUUUGUGGUGCUGAUCUGUGGCCUCAUCAUUGCCGUGUUUGUGGCCAUAAUGGAGUUUGUGUGGUCGACACGCCGCUCGGCAGAGACCGAUGAGGUAUGCCCCCAUACCUGCCCUCGCCGACCCCACAGACACACCCCAGUGUCUGUCUGUCGGGAAAUGAUCACAGAGUUUCGAAACGCCGUCUCCUGUAAGAAGAGCUCCCGUAUGCGCCGCCGUCGGCCCCUCAGCAGCUCGGCAGCCCUGCGCCACCCCACACGCAUCGCUCUGGGAGCCCCUCGGCCGCUCCGCUUGGUGCGGGAGAUGCGCCUCAGCAACGGGAAACUCUACAGUGGAGUCGGCCCACUGACAGGUGGAGCUGGAGGUGGAGGAGGUGGGGCAGGAGGGACAAGCCCCACUGACCUGGGACCAGGGCCCCAGCGGAUCUUGGAUGAUCCCCUAGGGGCCAACACCACCCCUCCUCCACCUGCCCCGACCCCUGUGAUGCUGCCUGCUCGCAGCUGCACCCAUGUGCGGAUCUGCCAGGAGUGCCGGAGGAUCCAGAGCCUGAGAUCAGGCACCAGUUUAGGGUCAACCACAACCAGAAUACCACCCUCAUCAGCACCCCUGCCCAGGCUACCCCCACCCCCGCCCCAAUCCUCAUCCAACACAGACAGUGAAGGCGGAGGGGGCCCUAGUCCGAGACGGCUACAUCACAGCCCUCCACCUCACACGCCCCGACCUAUCCCGCCCCCACAGAACAACACUACAGACCUGCUGGUAGACCAGGACUGAGACGCAGUGGGCGGCGUGAGGAGGAGCCACAGAUGAGGUGAUGGAGGAACAUUUGUGCUGCUGAGAGAAACUCUGAGAGAGAUGGAGGGAAUAAAAGGUAAACUCUGUGAGUGAAUAAAAAAUGAGAUGACCUUUUAAAAGAAUAAACAGGAAAAACUGUUAACCUUCUCCAGAUGAGCCUGAGGCCAACAGAAACACAAGUGGCCUCAAACUGGCUGUGAGACGGUCGUCAGCAAAUCUUUUAAGAUCGACUCGGAGGAACAGUUCAGUCUGGACAAAUCUGAGUGGAACGCACAUGACCUGACGAUGGAUUCAGCUUCCCUCCUUUUCCUCUCCUCACUCCCCUCUCUCUUCACCUUUAGAUUGAGGGUGCUGAAUGAUACGUACCCCCUCUAGUAAAAUGAAGCCUUGUUGGAGGACAUACUGUAUCCGUAUGUGAUUUAAAACUAAGCAACUAAAAGACUUCCAGAGAAUUAUUUCCUGUUGUUUUUUUCUUUUUGUCUUUUUCUUGUUUUGUUACCAUUGUUCAAAGUGGGAGUUAAAAUACAGACUAUGUGUGACAAUAUGGUGGAUUAUAACAUAAUAAGGAACAUGAUGUUUUGUGCCCCUCCCUUGUUUUUAAGCGGUUUCAAAGAUAGAGGCUGAAGGCAAAACAAUGCAAACGCUAGCAGAGAGAACAGUCCGUCUGCCUUUCUUUACACUGUAUAUGUUGUAUGUUGAAAUAUGUGCUUCCUGUAGGUCUGUCUGUUUCUGUGAGGAGGAACAUGUACCCAGCAACAGCACCCGACUACAAAUGUAAGAUAAUCAGACAGCAACAAAAAGAGGAAAGAGGGAGACAGAGACAGAGUGAGAGAGCAAGAGGCUUUGAAAUGUGAAAUUAAUGUCCCUCGUUAUCCUGGUAACGCUUGCCAAGCUUUUACUUCUUUUUCACCUCCGUUCACACAGCCUGGAAGAGAUAGAGAGCGGGCGAGGCAGAGGCAAGGCAAGAUAGAGAGAAACAGAAAGGGAGGAGAUAGAAAGAGGCAAAGAGUGAAAAGGACACUAGCGAAUCUGAAUGAGAAAUCCCUAACUGAACUACUUCCAUUAUUAGAUCUGUCCUGAUCUGUUAAUUCUGGGCAUCUUUUAAGGGGCUUGUUAAUGCGCCAGCAAGGCUGUAGCUACAGCUUCUUCUCGUCUCUCCAUUUAACACACAGACUUGGCCGUCCACAGCACAGACUCCUGCCAGAGUGAUAGACUCAACACAGCCUUGUCAAUACUGUCUCAAGCUUUUGAUCGCCUAAUUACUCCCCUCGGUGGCUGGGGACUCAUUCAGGAGGGGGGGCUGAACACAGGGAAACAUGCUGAUAAAUAGAUUUAGAAGAAAUGCGCGUUUCUCACUCUGACUGGGAAGAAAUCUGCUCUCUUUUAAUUUAUAAGUUACAGCCCUAAUGUUGUGUAAAACCGCAACCGAGCCAUCUAAACACUAGUAUAUUAGCAGUGAUGCUUAAAGAGAAUACACUGGUGGAUGUGCAAGUCUUAGCCCUUCAACUUUAAACUGUGUACACUUUGGGGGAUAAUUCAAGCAUACCAAAAAGAGUUCUCUUCAUCCAAAAUAGACUUUACUUUCAAAACAAGUUUCCCAAACUUGCUUUAGAGUUCUGCUCUUGGUUACACCAGCUGUGUGUAAGUUCAAACAGAGCCUAGUUUAAACGUAAGUUCUUAGCUACUUUACAUUCUACUAAGAUAUAAGGUGUUGCACUGGCUUAGAUUGUUUCAACGUUAGGCCUAAGUUAUAACUUAGAUAUUACACCUACCUCCUAUUAGGUGUCAACCUGACACGCCAAAUCGACUGUUUCACAUUGAUCUGGGAAAGCUCCCACAGAAAGCAUUUUGGAAAGGCAGGACUUCUCAAAAAUAUUCUUGCAAGGUGACAGCCUACCGCUGCCAUAGCUGUGAAUGAUGGAGCUCUUCGAUGAUUAAAUUUGUGCCAAGGCUGGUUGGGAGACAUGCAAAAACAUCUUCUCUGCCGAGACAAAUUUUUGGUUUGUGUCUUUGUACUUGUUUCAAGGAAAAUGUGGUCAAGUUCUGAUUAAACUGCCGAUUUCCUACAGCUACCUCCGUGCUAAAAGCUACCGCAGAAGCAGCCAUUGAAUACACCAGCAAUCCUGUACCGAAGCAGGCCAGGAGAAGAGUGAAAAACAUCUUUUCUGUCAUGAAGAGCUUUCAGAGUGGCUCUUUUCUCUUCUUUUAAUAAGGAAAUGUUUCAGAGAAAACCGCUGCUGUGGCUACGUCCAAGCUAAUCAUCCCCACUAGCUUACAACCACUCACAGGACAACUAGCCACCACUAGGGUAGGGAAUCACGAGUGGCCCCACGAUACAAUAUUAUUAUGAUACUUGGGUCACGAUUCAAUAUUACUGCGAUUUUUAACAUUUUGCAAUACAGUGAGUAUUACAAUAUAUUGCGUUACAUUGCCAUCUAUACCAUUUUGUCAACUGUUGAGCUGAUUUGGCAUUAGUCCUACCCUCAUGUUUGUGGUCUUUCUGCAGUAUUUUAUUUUCAUGAGCACUUAUUGCAAACCUCAUGUGUCAUGUCUAUCUCAUUCAUGCCCUGUUUACACUCCUAAUGUCCUUCCCCUUGUGCUGUCAUGUUUGUUGUACUAACCUUCUCCUUCUGUAUGACCUUCACCUCUGCCGACCUCAUUGGACAAAAAAAUUGAUGUUAUUUUUCCAUUAGAAUUUAGUUUUAAAAAAAGAUACUUGGUGGAGGAGAUGAUACAAUAAUCGGCAGACAAAAUAUUGUGAUACUAUGCUGUAUCGAUUUUUUCUCCCACCCCUAGCCACCACCCUGUAACUCUCUCAAACUCAUGCUGAAGCAGGUCGGCAGAAGAGCAAAAAACAUCUUUUCUAACAUGCAAAGCUUUAAGUGUUGUUUUUACUCUUUAUAUCAUACAGAAAUGUGGUCCAGUUCUGAUAAAACUGCUGCUACAUUGUAGCUACAUCCAAGCUAAUUACUGCACUGGAGGCAGCCAUUGCGAUCGGCUAGUACAACUACAUUCUGUAUUUUAUACUGGCUCCAAGUUUAGGCUGUAGGCUUUAGUAAUCACCUAGAGAAAUUUCUUUGUCAUAUUUUUUAUUUAUGCUUGGCACUGUUUGAUGGCUAAUUUCAGUUAGCAUAAGUUAUCCUUAGCCGUUAGCCUGUUUAGAGACAAUUCAACACGAGAGGCAGCAUUGUGACAAACACUAGGUUGAAAAAUCCUUUUCAUUGAUUGGUUACAUGAAGUCAUAUCUGCAACAGUAUUUUGUUAAGUUUGGACAUAAAGCUCUACUAGUUAAAAUCGAUACGUCUUUGUGGUGCAACCAAACAGUGACACAACUUAUGAUAAAACAUAACUAGUUUAGUGUGGACUUUAAACCAUAACUUAAGACAGAACUUAUGAAUUGCUGGUGCAACAGGCUGCUGUCCUGUUACAAGAAACAUAAAAAUAAUCAGGCUGCUGGUAUUCUACUUUUUCCCAUCUUGAAAAAAUGUGGCAAAAAGGCUAAAAUAAAGAUAGGCUUGUGACCAAUAAGCAUCCAAAGCCUAAUGAAGCUACAGUGGUUUUAAACUCUUUUCCUUUGACACUUUUUCCCCUCAUAAAAACAGGUGAAAACUCCUCAUUUUCUCGUCUGUUGUUAUCAACUUUGAACCUGAACUAGCUACAGCUAGAGUAUUACCUUUCUAAAGACACCUUGUUUGUGCUUGUACUCCAAAUAAUUCAAACAUAGCAUUCAAAUAAAUUGGGCAUUGCUGGAUAGGCAUUUUUAACAAAAUGUACCCAGAACUCUAAGGAGUUUGCAACACUGAAGCAGAUUAGUGGAUCCAGUUAAAAUGUUUGUGCUAUAAUGGGUAGGUAAUAAAAAUCAAUAAAUCAUUGUUAGAUUGCUGAUAGGAGCUGUUGUGUCAUCACUGAAGAUUAUCUUCUACAUGCUUUUUACUGUCCACACAGACUUUUUUUUGCCUGCAUACACCAACGCCCACUGAUGCGUGAUUGGUCAGUACAGCUCUGAUUACAAACAGAAACCAGAGCUCCUCUGAUGCUGACACUCCAAACCUCAGACAACAGAUUCUACAUUUCUAUGUAAAAUCUGUAAAUACAGAUUACUCACUACAUAAAUGGUUUGCUAAAAUAAAUCAAAUUAUUGCACUUUUAAGGUAUUAUUUUCUUAAUAAACCACAGUGUCCACCUGUUUUGAACAAGUUAAAAGCAGAAACAAAAGACAUUUUUGGGGCUUAAGGCUAAUGAAAAUAUGGAGAAGUACUGAGACAAAGCAACGCUUUGAUUCUGGCCAUCUUGUGAAUUUGGUAACCAGAAAAACAUCACCAGCCCUACUCUAAGUCUUUAUUUGUAAUCCUUUGCCCUGCCAUAAUUGCUCAUAUGUAGGCAGAUCAAUUAUCCAAAUAGAAUAAAGUGCUUGUUCAGAAUUUUAGUAAACAGAUCAGAUCAGUUUCAGGCCCAAACAACAGACUUAUUUACACAAAUUCAUGACUCAUAACGGGUGUCACAUUGGGUUACUGCAGCAUGAUUUCAACUACAAAACCUCCCCAGUAUUGCCUCAAUAUGAUGCAGCUAUAAUCUGUCAUACAAGACUUCUCCCCUUGUCAGAAAAUGUUACUAUCAAACAAUCUGAACUGUGUGAUAUCUCCUCAUUCUUUUUUAAACUAGCCCAUCAUCUCUCAACUGUAUGUAUUUUUGAGUUGACAUCAUUAUCAGCUGCUGUAUUAGCAUUUCCUGCACUGCAGGUCACUGACUCAUCAGUGCCUCAGCAUUCAUUCAAUCAGUUACCUAAUCACUUCCCAAAAAAUGCACAGUAGAGUGACUCACUACUCACUGAACAAGUGGCGAUUAUAUAUACACACCCUAGCUGUAAGUGUACUUCAACUUUAGCUCAGUUUGUUUGAGGAGAAAGCUGAUGUUCCAGAUUUGAAGCUUAAAUGUUACAUUUUAAUGGCGGUGUUACUGACUUUCCAUAGUCCUGUUCAGUGUCAGUGUUUGCUUUUUGUAAGUCUGUUUCUCAGUGAAUGUAAUGCCUAUAGCUCUUGAUUCUCAAAUCUUGAAAGUCAACUUUUCCAACGUCCUACACUUAAAGAUGUGUUCUUUCCCUUUUCCACUUUUUGGUGCUGUUUUUGAAUGUCAACCCUGACCUGUUUUUUUAACCAUUAUUUCUGUUUUUAACAACCUAAAGACAUCGAGUUGUAUCCUACGAAACAUAGUGAGGAAAUUCAGAGUGACGAACAAAGCUCAGUGUUUUACAUCACUGACUUUGGUACAGGAGAUUGGGGAUUCAGCUCCUGGUCUAGGCAUUAUCAGUAUCCAGUGUGGGCCCUUGGGCAUAGUCCUUAAUGCCAUGAACACCUGUCUCGUUCAAAUGUAUGUUGUUUUGGACAAAGCGUCUGCUAAAUGACAUAGUAACACCGACAUGAUUCGUCAUUUGCUUCCCAACAUUAAAUAGUUAUUCAAAGUUGGAGAGGUAGCAUGGAAACCAGUAGAAGUCUUGAUACAUCCAUAGAUUUUUAUUUUACUCCAUUUUCCCCUCAUAACAAGUAUAUUUUAGUUGUUUUUUUAAACCUCAGCUCAUUUAUCUUGAUAUUUCAGUAUAACAAUUCUGGUUUACCCAUCAUACUGACUUAUUUUCUCCAGAGUCAGGAAAAAAAUUAAGUCUUUAUCAUGGAAAAUCAGCAUUGCUGUCCUGUAAAAAUAAGAUAAAUAAGUCGUGAUCUCAAGAAAACAACAAAAGUUAUACAGAAUAUCAUGGGAAAGAGAGUAGAAAUAUAACAUGUAUGGAUGCAUGCCUUCUGAAGCCAGGUGUUUGCGGUGCGAUUUCAAGCUGACUCUGAAAGUCAGUGCUUAUUGUGUGACCAUGCUCAGUCAUAUGACCAAAACAUCAAACAUGCCAGAAACUCAUAUGACCAGUCAGAAGCAGGUGAUCGGUUGUGGUAGGCCAUCGUAUCACAUUGCACAACAAACGGAGCACGGUCUCACUACAAAACCAGCCAUGUGACUCAAAACUUAUGACUGAAUCAGCUUGAAAUUGCUCUGCUGUAUGAAAAUGUACAUUUAUGAUGUAUUUGUUGACCCAUUUCACUCCAGAUAACGGCUGAUAACUUUGAUGGGACACUUUCUGCUCUGUCUUUGAAUGGUUCCUGCAAGCAGAGAAGGCAUGGAUUUAUUAUGUCUUUUUUUUCCUCUUUUUUUGUUUAUAACACUGACAAAACAGGUGUCAACCCCUUCCCACAAGCAGUCAUAGCUUACAUGCUCAUAAAAAGAGACAAACAACAAAGUAAUCUGAUUCCUUUCUUCUUUAAAGGUUGUACACCCACUGGUUGUUUUUGUCGUCUGUCUUCAGAGUCUGGUGUGUAAAAAAUCACUAACUUUAUACGUAACAGUAUCACAGAGUCAACAGGUGUCUAUCAACAGCUUUAAAUCAACUGAAAGCAUUUAUUAGCUGCAGAGCAUUAUCAAGGAGAGGCAAAGUAAAGCCAAAAUAUCACAUGUCUGAAUAUGAAAGAUAAGGGAGGGUCACAAAACAGAUGGGGUGUCUGAACGCUCACCCCACAAAGCAAACCCUUUUUUGUUUACUUUUCUGUUCUUUUCUUUGGUAUUUUUUCAUAUUUCUAUACUAGUGCUAAAUGGAUUAUUAAAACUGAUGAUGAAUAUUAUGAUUAAAUUGUUGUUAUUAUUCCUAAUGAAGAGCAGGAGGUUCUAUAGUGAAUCGGUGGGUGAUGGGUGGAUGUGGGGAAUGCUGGGAUGAAGGUGAGAGACAAUGUUCUUCAGAGAGACUGCCCUGUUGUUCAAACCUAUAGACACGCAGACUUCUUUUGGAAUAAAAAACAUUCAAACAUCCCACAGUGACUCUGGUUUUUACUGAGUUUUUCCUUUUGUAUCUGAGUUUUAUGAUUUAGUAAAAAAAACUUUCACCAUGUCAGGGAUGGAAGCAGAACUCAAAGUUACCAUGCUACAGCUAACAAAGAGCCGUCACAUGCUGGCACUUUGGGUCCUCACUGAACGCUUUUGGUUAUUCAAAAGAGGGUUGCUUGCACCAUGCUUGCAAGGAUUCUAGCUCUGUGGAUCCCAUGUUUGCUCAUCCAGCUGAUGUCUGCCCUUUAUUCUGGUACAAAGAGUGUUGUGAAGUGUAGCGGCUCCACUUCUGACUUCCUCCCAGUUGAUUCUGGAGUGACGCGGGGUGCAUCUUAGCCCCUACGCUCU